CCGGUCGGCGGCGAGAUGACGACACGGCGGGUGAGGCGCCGCACGUGCAGGGAGAAGGGGAAGGGGAAGGAGGUCGUGGAGGAGGGGCGGUUGGCGGAGGCGAGCUCAUCGCCGCCGCUGGGCUGGGUGGCGGCGGAGGAGGAUGGGGAUGGCGAUGCGGGCCGGGCGGCGGUGUGCGGCGAGGACGUGGACUGGACGCUGCUCCCGGACGACACGGUGCUGCAGCUGUUCGGGCGGCUCAGCUACCGCGACCGCGGGAGCCUGGGGUCCACGUGCCGGACGUGGAGGGCGCUCGGGUCGUCGCCGUGCCUGUGGAGCGCGCUCGACCUCCGGGCGCACCGCUGCGACACCGAGGUCGCGGCCUCGCUCGCCUCGCGCUGCGCGGGGCUGCGGCGGCUGCGGCUCCGGGGCCACGAGGCCGCCAUGGCGGUGGCCUCCAGCCUCCGCGCCAGCGGCCUCCGGGAGGUGGUCGCCGACGGCUGCCGCGGGCUCACGGACGCCACGCUCGCCGUCCUCGCCGCGCGGCACGAGGCACUGGAGAGUCUCCAGAUCGGGCCGGAGCCGCUGGAACGUGUCUCCAGCGACGCCCUCCGCCACGUCGCGCUCUGCUGCUCGAGCCUCCGCCGCCUCCGCCUCUCGGGUCUCCGUGAAGCUGACGCCGACGCCAUUGGGGCCCUGGCGCGCUACUGCCCCCUCCUUGAGGACGUUGCCUUCCUUGACUGCGGCACCGUGGACGAGGCCGCCAUCGGCGACAUCCGCUCCCUCCGGUUCCUCUCUGUAGCCGGAUGCUACAACCUGAAAUGGGCGACCGCGUCCGCCUCAUGGGAGCAGCUUCCCUCGCUAGUCGCCGUUGACGUCUCACGCACUGAUAUCUCUCCGAGCGCCGUGUCUCGCCUAAUCUCCCACUCCAAAACCCUCGAGCUUAUAUGCGCGCUGAACUGCAAAUUCGUCGAAGAGGAACAAGCACACAGUCCCACCACAUUUAGCAACUCCAAGGGCAAGCUUGUGCUCACCAUUACGAGCGACAUUUUCGAAUCGGUCGCCGAGCUGUUUCCUGGCAAGGUUGUGAAGGAGCAAGGGGUGUUCAAUGAGUGCAAUUGGAGGGGCAAAAGCAAGGUACUUGGCGAAAUGAUGAUCUGGCUUGAGUGGAUCCUGUCGCAGUCGCUUCUGCGGAUUGCGGAGUCCAACCCAUAUGGUAUGGAUGAUUUCUGGCUGCAGCAGGGCACAUCAAUGCUGCUGAGCCUGGUGAAGAGCUCGCAGGAGGAUGUGCAGGAGCGUGCAGCUACCACGCUUGCUACGUUUGUGGUUAUUGAUGAUGAAACUGCGAAUGUGGAUGCUGCAAGGUCGGAGGCCGUGAUGAGGGAUGGGGGCAUCCCGCUGCUGCUGGACCUUGCAAGGUCCUCAAGGGUAAGCGCACAGUCUGAAGCAGCAAAGGCUAUUGCAAACUUAUCGGUGAAUGCCAAGGUGGCAAAGGUGGUUGCAGAUGAGGGAGGUAUCACCAUAUUCACCAAUUUGGCUAAGUCGAUGAAUCGUUCUGUUGCUGAAGAAGCUGCUGGCGGCCUUUGGAAUCUCUCUGUCGGAGAGGAACACAAGACGGCUAUUGCGGGAGCUGGUGGUAUAAAGGCUUUGGUUGAUCUUAUAUUUCGUUGGCCUGCUGGGACUGAUGGAGUUCUUGAACGUGCUGCUGGUGCACUUGCAAACCUAGCUGCUGAUGACAAGUGCAGCUUGGAAGUUGCAAAGGCUGGUGGUGUCCAUGCUUUGGUUACACUUGCUCGGUCAUGUAAACUCGAGGGCGUCCUAGAACAGGCGGCAAGAGCUCUAGCUAACUUAGCUGCACAUGGAGAUAACAACACCAAUAAUGCCGCUGUAGGUCAGGAAGCAGGGGCUCUUGAGGCACUAGUGCAAUUAACGUGUUCUCAAAAUGAGGGUGUAAGACAAGAGGUUGCUGGUGCUUUGUGGAACCUAUCGUUCGAUGAUAAAAACCGUGAAGCUAUUGCUGCCGCGGGUGGCGUUGAAGCAUUGGUUUCACUUGCACAACAAUGUCUGAAUGCUUCAGACGGUCUUCAGGAGAGAGCUGCUGGUGCAUUGUGGGGAUUAUCUGUUUCAGAGGCUAACAGCAUCGCAAUUGGACAGGAGGGUGGUGUUACACCAUUGCUCACAAUGGCAUGCUCAGAGGUUGAAGAUGUUCAUGAGACAGCUGCAGGGGCAUUGUGGAAUCUUGCUUUUUAUUCCAGCAAUGCUCUCCGUAUAGUUGAAGAAGGUGGGGUGCCUAUCCUUGUGCACCUUUGCUCAUCAUCGGGGUCAAAAAUGGCUCGGUUCAUGUCUGCUCUAGCCCUUGCUUAUAUGUUUGAUGGAAGAAUGAAUGAGGCCGCCAUUCUUGGGACAUCGUCAGAGGGCAGUUUCAAGGGUGUUAAUGUCGAGGGAGCUAGAAGAAUGGCUUUGAAGCAUAUAGAGAUCUUUGUGUUGACGUUUUCAGAUCCGCAGGUGUUCUCAAUGGCUGCAGCUUCCUCAGCACCAGCAGCACUAUCUCAGGUUGCUGAAGCAGUGUUUAUACAAGAAGCUGGACACCUGAGAUGCAGUGGUGCUGAGGUUGGUAGAUUUAUUGCCAUGCUUCGGAACCCUACGCCAGUUCUUCGUGCUUGUGCUGCAUUUGCCCUUCUCCAGUUUACAAUCCCAGGAGGUCGACAUGCGGUCCACCAUGCGGGCCUUCUGCAGAAAGCAGGGGCAGCUCGGGUCUUGCGUGCAGCGGCGGCAGCGACAUCAGCUUCGAUUGAAGCCAAAGUGUUCGCCAGAAUUGUCCUUAGGAAUCUGGAACACAAUCAAGCAGGGACAUCAACCUGAAAGCACAAUGGUGAGCAGUGUAAGUGCGGCUAAUCCUCCAACAAGGUAUCGCUUCUAACGCCAUGCCCUGGCCUCAGAGAAUGGAUGGAAACUGACAGAUCUGGUAUCGCGGUGGUUUGAAGUUGCAGUGCAAUCGAUGACCUUGGAACUCCAUCCAAGGAGAACCGUGAGAGACAUGAAUGAACCCUCAGGCAGUGGCUGGCAGUUUUUGAGUGUGCAUUGAGUGUGCAAUUUUUCUGUAGUUUAUCAUGUGUGUUGUGUGUAAAAGAAAUUUUAAAACUCUAGCAUCGAUAGGGCUUGCAACUUUUAUGGUAUAUACAAAGUUAUGAGUAUUUAUUAUGUGUUGAUUUAAUUUAGGGAGGUGCGUGGCAGCGUGGGACGGAUUGUUCGGUUGCUCCACCUGUUGCAUACAUGUAAACUUUGUAGACUUACUGAAUUGGUAUAUGAAUAAUCCCCAUUGGCA